CAGCCAGCAAACACAAGCAAUGUACACAACUGCUAUUGUCCAAAGUCAAUACACCCCCACCAGAGGUCUUUGCUUGGUCUGCUCCAUCUAAACCAUUUAAGAUACUUGUUGAGACACCUGAGAGUCAUGUCUCCCCCAAAAGUUGCCCUCUUUCUCGUGAUCCUCAGUACCCCUUUGGCAUGGGGGCAACGGAACAAGAAACCGCCACCGCAAAAUCCGUUUGAUAAGAUACAGAAUGUGGCCAACUUUGACAUCAACAAGUUUGCAGGGAAGUGGUACCUACUGUCCGUGGCCUCUGAGUGUAAUUAUCUGAAAAUCAACAACCAUCGUGUGGAGGCCACUUUAAUUCAAGCAUCAGCUUCCAAGACCUCCCAGGGAGCAGAGAUUCUGUCUGUUAGCACAUUCAGAGAGCUGGACGGCAUCUGUUGGGAGAUUAAACAUGCCUAUCAGACAAAUAAGAUCAAGGGUCGGUUUACCAUAAAAGGGAAGGGGUACAUGGGACAGGUGGACGUGGUGCUCGGAGAGACAGACUACCAGAACUACGCUAUAUUGUAUUAUCAGAGGAGGAACAAGAUCACCCUAAAACUGUAUGGACGGAAAACAAAAGUAACAGAUGAUAUCUACAGGAAGUUUGAUGACCACAUCAAGAAGCAGGGUAUAGAUUUAGAAUACAUCUAUCCAUUCCCAGCAUACGGUUUCUGUGAGCAGGCCGAUCAGUUUCAUAUUCUUAACGAGGUCCCAAGAUGACGUUCCAUGGAAGGUGGAAUCCUUAGACUGGACAAGCUACACACCUCAAUACAAGCACAAAUAUAUUAUCAUCACCAUACAUUAUUUUUCCUUGCGGCAUGAAAAACUAUUUAAAGUAGAACCCCAACAAUUUUUUCUUAGUUUUAGAUCAAUUGGGAAAGGGUUAGAACCCUGUCAGCUUUUUAAUUGCCAUCUUUGCUUCCAUUAAAGAGAUUCACCCUCUCAUUCUGUCCUGGUGGUAACACAAGAACAGAAAAUGACGGAAAUUCAAAAAUUUUACAGCUGUCACUAGGACAGGAUCUGAGGGGAUGUCUUUUAAUGGGGGCACUAGUUCCAGUGACAGCUGUCAGGAGGUGAAGCCUCCACUCACAUCUGGAGAGUUAUGCCGCGUACACAUAAUCGGAAAUUCCGACAAGAAAACCGUG